AAGGUCGAAAAGUGGGUCGGUGAACGAAUAAUCCGGCGUUGAUAUGUAAAUAUGUAGUUUACAUUAUGUAUUUAGUUUGUACUGUACCAGACAUCUUUCAAUGAAACGCCACCGAAGUCAAUGAUCAGUCAGAAACGGGGUCAUUUACAUAAAAACCUAUAAGCCAAUCUACCCAAAGCUAAGUACAUUUUCCUUAGUUGGGAAGAGUGGCAACGAGAUUUAGACAGCACAUGCAUCAAAACAACGCGGAGAUGCCGUGUUAGUAAUAUUAUUUUUGUCCGACGAACGGAAAUUUAAUAAUGCGAAUAAUUUUUUUAAUCCAAAUAUGCGAUUAUGGAACAACAUUUGUAUUUUUUCAUAAAAGUGAUUCGGAAUACGUGUCUGUGUUGAGAAAAUAAUAGAAUUCGAUUUACAAAUUGCUGAAAGAAAACCCAACUUCAAUAACAUGCCGACAAUCAGAAACGUUGUCGUAGUUGGUGCCGGUACUAUGGGUUCAGGAAUAGCAAUGAUUGCAGCUGCAACAGGUCACUCUGUAACACUAGUGGAUAUGAGUCAACAGAUUCUAGACAAGUCACGUGCUGAGAUCGAAAAAAAUGCGAAUCGCUUUGCACGUAAGCUUUUUAAAGAUGAUCCAGACUCCGUAAGUUCAUUGGUUGCCGAAGCUCUGUCUCGAACCACUUAUAGUAUCAACUUGGAAGCUGCAAUUGCUAGUGCAGAUUUGAUUAUUGAAGCAAUAGUCGAGAACAUAGAAAUCAAAAAAGAGUUUUUCAAACGUAUUGAUGAAAUCGCUCCCAUGCAUGCAAUUUUUGUUAGUAAUACAUCUUCGUUAUCCAUAGCGGAAAUGAGCGCCGUCACAAAACGAGAGGAUCGUUUUGCAGGGUUUCAUUUUUUCAACCCAGUUCCACUCAUGAAACUAAUUGAGCUUAUUCGAACGGAAAAAACAUCAGAUGAUACAUACACAACAUUGUUGGCAUUUGGUCGGGCAUUGGGUAAAACAUGCAUCAGUUGCAAGGACAGGCCAGGAUUUAUCGUGAACCGUUUGCUAUUCACGCUGACCUCGGAGGCACUUCAGAUGCUAGAGCGUGGAGAUGCUACCGCUCGAGAUAUUGACACGGCUACGAAGUUGGGCUUAGGACAUCCGAUGGGACCUUUCGAACUGAUGGAUAUGGUAGGAUUAGACGUAACGUUGAAUAUCUUGCAAGAACGGCAGAAACGUUUCCCUAAUGAUCCGAACGUUAUAACAAGUCCUACACUAGAGAAAAUGGUUUCAGCAAACAAACUAGGGGUUAAAAGCGGUGAAGGAUUUUAUAGUUAUAAAUAAAUUUAUUUGCGGUUUCUUUGAUAUAUUAUAUUGCUGGUUACGGAUAAAUAAAUACUACGAAGGGCAAAACAAUUCUGCUAUUUCUUUCUAAAGGAGUUUGUUUAGUUUGAAAUAGUCUAUUCUAACAUCGUUUACGUUCACUGCGAAUUACUGAUAUCACCCAAAGAUCUUAGAGUAGCUUUCGGCGAACUAACAAUUAAUUAUGAACUAACAACUAAUUAUGUGACGGCAGUCUGUAUCGGAUUAACAUAUUCGCCCAUUCCUUAAUCGAUCUACGGUUGGUUAGACCCAAUAGUUUGCUCAAUGAUUUCUGCAUUUACCAAGAGUUGUAUCAAUUUGAUUACCUGUGCAAUUUCAGCUGUUUUCGGUUAGUAACGAUUUUCGUCCAAUUGUAUUCUAAAAAAACAGAUUCGCCUAAGGUUCUUAGCUUUAGUGUCAUACACGAUUCCAAUCUUAAAAUUUCAACACUGAAGUUGUUUUUUACCUUGCUUGUUUCUUAAAAAAAUGCGAUUCAACUAAUAUAUCUACUGAUAUUCUAAUACUCAGUUAGUAAGAAAGUGAGAAUGUAUGUGAAUGAAGACAAUAAUUCGAAAAUUCAUAUGAAAUAGUCCCUUGGAGCUGGACACAAGCGCAACCUUGCAUUAGCCCGCCUGCUGUCAAGUCUUAGUGCUUAGCUGUUUCUUAUUCUAUUUAGAAGGAUUGGUCGGGUACAGGUACAGAAAAGGAUAUGUUUGUCGGAUGCGGGUACCGAUGUUUUCAUUUUCAACGGGUGCGGGUCGGGUUCACGUUAAAAAUGUGGUCGGGUUUCGGGUUUAGGAGCUUCUUCCGGGUUCGGGUCGGGUACGGGCAAAAUUUUUUUAGGGAUCGAAGAAUAACCCAGAUAAUCGAGAAAUAUUUAAUCGAUUAGCUUGAAACUAAUAUUUGAUUAUUAAACUAAUCGAAUAAUUUGAAAAAUCCAAUUACAACAA